UUGGGGCCUGCGCACAAGAGCCUUAGUGUGUAACGCGUGCGCGCACGCUGCGCUUCUCUUGUGUUCGUAGUAGUUUUUCUUUCUCUUCAAAUAUACAGAGAGAGAAAACAGCAGCAUUUUUACGCGGACCCCAUUUUUCACCCCAUUACUCCCAAAGGCACAUGUAAACAGCGGUCUCCCUAUUGAACUUUUCAGGCGGAAGAUGGAGCUGCAGGGAAGAGAGGACACCUAGUUUGCGGGGUUGCUGGCCACUUCCCCGUCGCCGAGUAACUGUUUCCACGGCAACCGCGCCGUCAACAACGCUAAGCAACCCGGAGAGGAAUCUUCCCAAGAGAGGACCGCUAAGAAGAGGUCAAAGGGGACUUAUGUGAAAGAAAAAUCUUAGUUCCUUGAGAACGCAAGAAAGUAGGGAAGGAACGGGGAAGCAGUGAAGAAAGAGACGGAGAUAUUGGUAUGGUGAGAAAAAGUUGAGUAUUUUGAGGAGUCAUUUGAUGGCCAUGGAUCCAACAGGCUUUUCUGAGAGCAUUUAUAAUCUCAUACCCAGGGACUGGAAGGAGCCUCCCCAGCAUCCUAGGUAUGUGGAAAAAAUAUUUGAUCGGAAUGAGCCCAAAAAGCCUCCUGUGCCACUGAGAACUGAUCAUCCAGUCAUGGGAAUACAGAGUGAAAAAAAUUUUAUCAAUACAAAUGCAGCCGAUGUCAUUAUGGGAGUGGCUAAAAAGCCUAAACCAAUUUAUGUUGACAAAAGGACUGGAGACAAGCAUGAUCUUGAAACUUCAGGACUAAUUCCAAAGUACAUCAAUAAAAAGGUAGCCUUAGGGCUGAAAAAGAACUGGGAAGAAGUGCAUAAAGAGUUCCAGUCUCUCUCAGUCUUCAUUGACUCCAUACCAAAGAGGAUGCGCAAGCAGAAACUGGAAGGAGAAAUGAAGCAACUGGAACAUGACAUCGGUGUCAUUGAAAAGCACAAAAUUAUUUACAUUGCCAAUAAGUAGUAAUGGAUUUUUCAAGUAUGGCUACUUAAUAUAGGAAAAAAACAUGGAAAAUAUGCAAAUAAAACUAUGUGUUUCAAAGAGGAAAAUACUAUGAAGAGAAAUAAAAAUAGUCUUUCCCAAAAUGCUUAGGCAAUGUUUAAAGAAUAAUUGGAAUUUUUUUUGCUUACACAAGAGAAAAAAAAAAAUUUUUUUUUUACCAGUGUCAGGUUUUCCACGUGUAAACCCAUUAAAGUUUAAUUUUAUGUAUUCCAGUUCUGUAAUGUAAGUCAUUAUUAUUAUGUAGUUGUUUCACAUAAACAUUAAUUUCUGGGCCCUGAAAAAUAGUCAGUACUCAGAACUUUAUUUACAUUUGUUUUCUACACUGCAUGAUACAAGGAACACAACAUUAAAAACUCUUUAAGUAUUUUGAACUGGAGAUAGCAGUAUAUGCUUUCUUACUACACUAAAGUGUUUUCCACAUAUUCAUUCAGAUCUUCACAAACUUAACAGUAUAUAUUCUCUUGUAGCUUAUGUCAUCUGCAGCAAUUUCCAACUAUAAAUAUUUUCAAUAUCCAUAAUGCUAUAUAUGCUGAAAGGCUUAUACUGGGACUGCCAAAAAAUGUAUACACAUUUUAGGAGAUGUUAUCUAUGCUCAAGCAGUAAUUUUCCAUAAUCAGAAGUGUCU